AUGGCGGGGCUGCAGAAGGUUUUGAAGUCCCUGCGAGCAGCAGAUGCUGCUCCGCUGCUGCCGCGUCUGCAGCGCCUGGUGCUGCAGCAGCAGCAGCAGCAGCAGCAGCAGCAGCAGCUGGGGGGCUCAGCUUUGCUGCGGAAGCACCAAGCAGCUUCUGCUGCUCUCCUGGCGCUGCUGCUGCUGCCCAAGCGCAGCACCACCUGGCGCUACAGCGUCAACGCGCGUUCUCUCGAGCUGCUGCUGCAGCAGCAGCAGCAGCAGCAGGGGCUCGGCGAGCAGCAGCAGCAGCAGCAGCAGGGGCUCGGCGAGCAGCAGCAGCAGCAGCAGCAGCAGCAGCAGCAGGGGCUUGGCGAGCAGCAGCAGCAGCAGCAGCAGCAGGGGCUCGGCGAGCAGCAGCAGCAGCAGCAGCAGCAGCAGCAGCAGGGGCUCGGCGAACAGCAGCAGCAGCAGCAGCAGCAGCAGCAGCAGCAGGAGCCGGAGGAAGAAUUGUCUCCGGAAGCAACAGAGACUGUAGCAGCAAUUGUGUCUCUUCUGCUGCAGCGCCUGGCAGACACAGACACCCGAGUUCGCUGGGCAGCAGCAAAAGGCAUCGGGAGACUUUGUUUGUCUCUUUCCAAAAGCUUUGCGGAGCAGGUGAGCAGCAGCAGCAGCAGCAGCAGCAGCAGCAGCAGCAGCAGCGGCAGCAGCAGGGUCAGCGGCAGCAGCAGGACUUCGCUGGGCAGCAGCAAAAGGCAUCGGGAGACUUUGUUUGUCUCUUUCCAAAAGCUUUGCGGAGCAGGUGAGCAGCAGCAGCAGCAGCAGCAGCAGCAGCAGCAGCAGCAGCGGCAGCAGCAGGGUCAGCGGCAGCAGCAGGAGCGCAGCGGCAGCAGCAGGCGACGCAGCAACAGCUGCUGCUGCACCCUCGGCGGUGAAAUCGCAGUUUGCUGCGCCGUGCUGGAGCCGUUCGAGGCGGCGACUGCGCCGCUUCCGCCGACGGCAGCAACCGGCGCAGCAGCAGCAGCAGCAGAAGGGGAAGCAGCAGCAGCAGCAGCAGCAGCAGCAGCAGCAGCAGAGAGAGGAUGGAACGAAAACGUACUGGGGGACUCUUCUGCUGCAGCAGAGCGGCUGCUGAGCGGCAGCUGCCUGGCCGUGGCGGAGCUGCUGCGGCUGGGGGUGGUGCAGCAGCAGCAGCUGGAGGGGGCCUUGAACUUUGUGUGCCGCUGCUUGCUGUACCCCGGCCGCAGCAGCAGCAGCAGCAGCAGCAGCAGCAGCAGCAGCAGCAGCAGCUUGUCAGGGGCCUCUGUGCGGGACGCGGCCUGCUACGGGGCCUGGGCCUUCGCGCGCAGCUACCCAGCAGCAGCAGCAGCUUUGCUGCUGCGGCGGCAGCUGGGCCGCCACUUGCUGCUGGUGCUGCUGUUCGACUCUGCUGUUGCUGCUCGUCGUGCUGCUGCUGCUGCUUUUCAAGAACUCGAAGGAAGACAAGGGCUGCUGCAGCAGGGCCUCAGUGUCAUUACACUUGCGGACUACUUCACUGUCGGCAGCAGACGCUGCUGCUUCCUCACUGCAGCGCCCGCAGUUGCUGCUCUCGAGCCCCAGCAGCAGCAGCAGCAGCAGCAGCAGCAGCAGCAGCAGCAGCAGCAGCAGCGGUACGCGCAGGAGCAGCCGCUGUCUAUUGUGCUGCUCGAGUACCUCUGCUGCCGAGUGUACAGACACCCCGACCCCCAAAUGCGGCGGCUUGCUGCUGCUGCUGUUCUCAGAAUAGCUCCUUUUGCUGCUCCUUAUGCUGCUGCUGUGCUGCUGCCGCAGCAGCUGCAGCGGCUGCAGCAGCAAAGCGCUCCUUUGGAGGAGUGCCACGGGGCCUUGCUGCUGCUUGCCUCCUUGGUUGGGGCUUUGCGAGCAGCACCAGACCCUGCUGCUGCUGCAUCCAAAGUUGGAGCAGCAGCAGCAGCAGCAGCAGCAGCAGCAACUUCCACUGCUGCAGCAGGUGCAGCUCCUGUAGAGGGGCCACGAGCUGCAGCGGCAGCAGGCGCUCCCGCAGCACCAGCGGAACCAGCAGCAGCAGCAGCAGCAGCAGCAGCAGCAGCAGCAGAGGCAGCAGCAGCAGCAGAUACACUUGCUGCUGCUGAGGCCAUUCGGGCGCUGCUGCUGCACCGCAUGCAGCCGGAGCAGGCGCAGCAGCAAGUCCUCCCCAAGCUGCUGCUGCUGCUGCAGCAGCAGCAGCAGCAUGUCGCAGCCCGCAGCGGGGCCCUCUUAGCAAUCGCAGCGCUGCCUCCCAAGGUGUACCGCCUGGCGCUGCUGCAGCAGCAGCAGCUGGAGCAGCAGCAGCAGCAGCAAGAGCAGCAGCAGACUCAGCAGCCACAGCAACAGCAGCAGGAGCAGCCGCAGCAGCAGCAAGAACAGCAGCAGACUCAGCAGCCACAGCAACAGCAGCAGGAGCAGCCGCAGCAGCAGCAGCAGCAGCUCGAGUCGCAGCAGACGCAGCAGCCACAGCAGCAGCAGCAGCAGCUCGAGCCGCAGCAGACGCAGCAGACGCAGCUGCAGCAGCAGCAGCAGCUGUUGCUGCUGCCGACUCUGCUGCGGGAAGCAACAGCAACAGCUCCCUUGGGUUCUGCUGCUCUCAAUGACCCCCACACCAGAAGACACGCGCUUCUGGCUCUGGCCUUUCUAAUAGAAUCUGUUUCUCCCCUGCAUGCAGCAGCAGCAGCAGCAGCAGCAGCAACAGCAACAGCAGCAGCAGGAGCAGCGGCGGAGGCAGCAGCAGGGGCAGCAGCAGGAGCAGCUGCUGCUGCUGAGGGCGCUGCUGCUGCAGUCAGUGCGGCUGCUGAUGGUAGUGAGAGCGAUGGCGGUGGCAGUUCUACUGCAGCAGCAGUGGACUGGGGGUCCGUGGUGAGGUGUCUGUACACCUGCGCAGCAGACUUCGCUGCAGACCAAAGAGGAGAUGUGGGGAGUUGGAUAAGAGAAGUUGCUGCUGAAGUUGCUGCUCUCAUUCUGGAGUCCUUUCCUUACUGCUGCAGCAGCAGCAGCAGCAGCAGCAGCAACACAGGCGGUGGCAGCGGCAGCAGCGGCAGCAGUAUCACUCCUCACGAUACCCAGCAGCAGCAGCAGCAGCAGCGGAAGCAGCAGCAGGAGCCACGGGAGCUGCAGCCUUUCGCUGCAGAACAAACCCCCAGUCAGCAGCAGCAGCAGCAGCAGCAGCAGCAGCAGCAGCAGCAGCGUGCUGCUGCUGCAGUGGGUCCUGACGUGCAGCAGCGGCAGCAGCUGCUGCUGCUGCUGCUGCGGCUGUCCUUCGAAGCACUAACCCGCACCCGCAGCAGAGCAGCAUUUUUGCUGGGGCGUUUGCUGGCCCCAACAGCAGCAAACCCGCAGCCAUUCCAAGCAAAAUGGAUUUGGCAGCGAGUGCUGUAUGAAGUUGCUUACGAGAUGACUGCGCAGCUGUACGUACACCCUGCUGCUGUUGCUGCUGCUGCUGCUGCUGCCAACCGGCGCGAGCCCAGCUGCUGCUGCCCGGGCUGCAGCAGCAGCAGCGGCCACGGCAGCAGCAGCAGCAGCAGCAGCAGGUGUUUGCUGUGGCCGUUUGCGCCCGCCGCGCUGCCGCUGCUGCAGCACGCCUUUGGUUUGCUGCUGCUGCGGCAGCAGCAGCAGCAGCAGGAGAUGCAGCCCGAGGAGCCCUUCGCAAAGCAGCAGCUCUCCUCCCUGCCCCCUAUUCAGCAGCAGCUACCGCAAACCAGCAGCAGCAGCAGCAGCAGCAGCAGCAGCAGCAAUGAGGCCUUGUAUCGCCCUUUUGAAGAGGGAGGUGCAGCAGCACUUCAGAGAACUCACAAAGCAGCAACAGCUCUGCGGCUGCUGCUGUUUUGCGACGCCUUUGAGGUGUACAGACACCUCACGCCGCUGCUGCUGCUGCAGCAGUUUGCUGCUGCUGCUGCAGCAGGCGCUGCACUGGGCCUGGGGGCCUCUCUUGGCAGCACAGCAGCAAGCGCGCACGGCGGGGCCCUCACAGCUCUAAUGCUUGCAGACCGCAUGCAGCAGCAGCAGCAGCAGCAGCAGCAGCCGCAGCAGCAGCAGCAGCAGCAGCAGCAGCAGCAGCAGCAAAAGGCUAUGUUUGACGUGGCAAAAGAUGAUGCUGCUACUUACGAGGGUCUCGUCGCAGCUGCGCUGCGGGCGCGCAGCGAAGUUUGCUGCAGUGAGAACGUGCAGCAGCAGCAGCAGCAGCAGCAGCUGCAACAGCAGCAGCAGCAGCAGCAGCAGCUGCAGCAGCAGCGAGUAGUUGCUGAGGUUGGAACUGCCAUCACUGAUGUGCUUAUAAGCGCCUGCGGCGUUACUGCAGCAGCAGCAGCAAGAACCACAGAAGCAGCACCAGCAGCAGCAGCAGCAGCAGCAGCGCCAGCAGCAGCACCAGCACCAGCAGCAGCAGCGCCAGCAGCAGCAGCAGCAGCAGCAGCAGACUACCGCCGCAAACUGAGCGAGGCCGCCACAAUGGCAUGUUCGCUGCUGCUGCAGAACGGCUUCUUCGCUGCUGAAGACAUGCCACGGCUGCUGGUUCCUUUGCGGCAUUUGGUGACUCGUCGGAAGGGUAGAAGCAGCAGCAGCAGCAGCAACAGCAGCAGCAGCAACAGCAGCAGCAGCAGCAGCUGCUGCAGCAGCAGAAUUAGCAGCAGCAGCCGAGAUUUUGAUAUGCUUCGGCGCGCGUGCACCCUUGCAGUGUCGCUUGCAGCCUGCAAGCCUUUGUUUGCUGCAGCAGCCCCAGCAGCAGCAGCAGAAGCAGCAGCAGCAGCAGCAGCAGCAGCAGCAGCAGCAAAGGCGCAGCGAACCAGUGCUUGUCUUGCCAUUCAGUUUUUGAUUCACCCUUAUCCAAAGUUGAGGGCUCUUGCUGCAGAGCAGCUGUAUUCAUUCUUGCUGCUGCUGCCGCCAACGGAUUGCCAGCAGCAGCAGCAGCAGCAGCAGCAGCAGCAGCAGCAGCAGCAGCAAUAUUCUGCGUUCAAGCUGCAGCAGCAGCAAAUUGAUGCAGCUGUGGAGCUGCUGAUCACAACUCCAUGGGUGCAGCUGCCGCAGUGGAACCAGCAGCAGCAGCAGCAGCCGCAGCAGCAGCAGCAGGGGAAACAGGAGCAGCAGCAACAGCAGCAGCAACAGCAGCAGCAGCAGCAGCAGCAGCAGCACCCGUGCAUGCAGCUGGUGCUGCUGCUGCGCCUCGAGGCCGAAUGGAGCGAAGCGGGACUUCCCUCUUUUUGA